UGGUCUUGAGAAAGCUUAUAAAAAACCGGUGUUUAGACGGUUUUUGUCAGUCACUGCUUGAAUCUUGCCAGUCAGCUGUCUGUCACUGUCAAGUCGGUGGAGUCGGCAGUCAGCUUAAAAAACAACACAAAAAAAUUAAAUAAAAGCGCUAUUAUUUACAAAUCUCAAAGCCUUAUUACAAAAAUUAGUGGUAUAAAAUUGUACAAGUUUUUUUAUAGAAAUAUGUCGCAAGCCCGGUUUACAUCGUGCAUUCCUUUACCGUUGGAAGAAAAGACGUUGGUAGGAGUUAUAGAGAAGGCCAAGGACUGGGCUCUGAUGCAUGGUGUAGGCAUGAGAGACAAGAAGAACUUCACCAAGGAUGCUAUCCAGAUUGCACCCUUCGUAUUGCUGCCGUCCCCUUUCCCACGGACAGAGUUCAACAAGGCCGUAGAGCUACAGCAGGUUUUAAACGAACUCAUGCAUAAGGUUGCCCAUAACGACGAUUUUCUGGAGCACACUCUGCAAAACGCUCUGCAAGUGGAUGAGUUCACGGCCAACCUUUACGAGAUAUGGGUCAAGGUCCGGAAGGAGGGCAUCGCUCAGCCGGUAUCGCUAGGGAUGCUGCGCUCCGACAUCAUGCUGGAGUCGCGCUGCCCGCACACGGAGAACCAGUGCGCGAAGCACACGCCCUACUGCUCGUGGAAGCAGGUCGAGAUCAACAGCAUCGCGUCCGGGUUCGGCCAUCUUGGGCCCACCCUCAGCCUGGGGCUGUUCCGCUCCGACUACCUGAUGCAGCAGCCAGACGGCAAUAAGAUUAAACAAGUGGAGUUUAACACGAUCGCGUCGAGUUUCGGCGCCAUCUCCUCCAACCUUCCCGCCAUGAAUCGCUACAUAUUGCGGCAGUUGGGAUGCGGUGAUCUAAUAAAGAACAUGCCAGAAAACAAGGCCCUCUCCGGCCUCUGCUCCGGCAUCAUAGAGGCCUACGAUCUGUUCGGGGUGCCCGGUUCAGUGGCCUUGUUCGUGGUCGAAGAAGUUUCCUACAACAUCUGCGACCAACGCUUCCAUGAGUUCGAGAUAUCGGAGACACGGCCCGACAUUAUAAUAUACAGAAAAACACUGAAUGAAAUAUUCGAGGAGACGUCACUUAAUGACAAAAAACAAUUAAUGCUAGACGACAAAGUGGUCGCCGUGGUGUACUACAGAUCUGGGUAUGAGCCGGCGCAGUAUCCGUCUCAAAGGGAGUGGGAUGCAAGACUCAGGGUAGAACAAUCCACAGCAAUCAAAUGUCCGUCCAUACACUACCAGCUGGCUGGUACGAAGAAGGUACAGCAGGCGCUGGCGGCUCCCGGCGCGCUCGAACAAUUCCUAGGUGCUGGCGCAAUAUCGGGCCGCGUGCGUGAUAUAUUCACCGGACUGUAUUCGUUGGACUUCGACGACAGCGGCGAGCGAGCGGUCGAGAUGGCCCUGGCAGACGCUGAACGGUUCGUGCUAAAACCGCAGCGAGAGGGCGGCGGCAACAACUUAUAUGGAGCGGACAUCCGCGAAGCGUUGCUACGGAUGAGACACAGUCGCGAGCGAGCCGCCUACAUCCUCAUGGAAAGGAUAUUACCACCGCUGGUAUCCGGUUACGUGGUCCGUCCGGGCGGCCCGGUCCCGCCGCCGCUCACAGACCUGGUGUCCGAACUGGGGAUCUUCGGCGUCAUCAUCGGAUCAAAAGACAAAAUCUACAGCAACCGGCAAGUGGGCCACAUGCUGCGCACGAAGCUUGCGGACGCGAACGAGGGCGGAGUCGCCGCCGGCCUCGGCGCUCUCGACUCGCCGUACCUACUCGACUUGUAACAUACCUCAGCUGCUCGACUUGUAACUUACCUCAGCUACUCGACUUGUAAUAUACCUCAGCUGCUCGACUUGUAAUUUAUCUCACCUGCUCGACUUGUACCUUACCUCAGCUAUAGAGAAAAAAUACAUAGAGUGCUCACUCCAUACAUCAGCUUUAGGACCAAAACUACUAUUAUUUUCGUAGUCGACAUCUAGCAUCGAGUAGCGGAAUUAUCAGUACUAAUGUCAUUAAGAGUGACCCAGGAGACCGUAACCAUGGCAACUAAUGACAAGAAAAAGUUGAUUCACCUGAAUAUUUCUUCAACUGAAGUAGAUGUUCACAUCUAAAUUACUCGUAUCUUGUAAUAAAGUACUUAUAAAUUGAAAUAUAAUUAUGAUGAGGUGCAUUGCGUAUACAUAGAUGAUCGCCGUUGCACAUUUAACAUCAAAUGUAAGUAUUGAAACUAGUAUUUAUUAUUUGCAAGCCAUUAUAUAACCUAAUGUACAUAUAUACACUCGAUAGCAAACUAAACCGGGUCACAUCGUACGGUAACUUGUUGGAAAGUAUGUAGUAUAAUAUUUUUAGAUACCAAUUAUGUAGUUUGCUAAACUCAAAGAUAAAAUCGUGCACAUACUAGUUUUGCCAGGACUAAGGGAAUAAACAUAAGUCAUUGUGGCGAAGACCGUCUAUAAGGGAAGACCGGCUACAAGCUCUUUCGUCGCUUUAAAGUUUUGCCAGGCGUGGCUCACUCCGCGAUUUCGUCGCUUUGCUACAGGUAGCUAAGAGCCCAUCCGUUCGACCCUAAUUUUGGGGUUUGCCAUAAGCCGCGCGUGGCGCUGUCGCCACAUAGCGGCCAUAUCUGUGCUGAUCGUGACACGCGCCUUUUGUUAGAGAGUGAGUCUUCUGUACCUAGUACUAUUAUUUAUUCUGUGGUUUUGCGUUUGAACACAUACUCCACUUACAAAAGGUCGGUAGAGCAGGACUGAAGCUCUUCUUUUCUGUGUAUGAGCGACGUUUGUUUAAAUACGAGAGUUUGCCGUGUGACGGUCUUCCGUGCAAUAAAUUUUAUAUGCCGAUCUUUUCCACUUUGACCUAUUUUUCCUUACAAUUUAUCGAUGUCACAAUACUUAUUUGAGAUUCCGCAUUUUUUUUAGUAUUUCUUUGACUUGAGCAUGCUAUAAUAUUUUUAUUCUUUACUAGAAUUACAUUCCAAAGAAUUUUUUAUUAAUUAUUACUAUUUGCAUUAAAUAAUUGGGUUUGUACAGUAAAGUUAGUGUAAAUAACUAAAUGAACAAAUCAAAAAUCUUUUACACGUCCAUUUAUUUCUUCAAAAACAAUAAAUAAAUUAUUGAACUUCUUGAAACUUGAGUUAUAUCGAGUUUUGAUGUAUCCAGAAGUAUUUUGAUUUGUUCUUUAAAUGGUGCUGUAUAGGCUAUGAUAUAAAAUAUAAACGUAUGUAAUGAAAUAUGUUUUUUACGAUUUUGACUACCGAAUAAACAAUAAAUUAAU